CACCAGACGGUCCGUCAGACAGCAUGCAGUUAGGCUGCUAAGGGAUGGAAGAAGCCAGCCUGUGCCUUGGAGUGUCCUCUGCCGCGGCCGAAGCGGAGCCCCGCCUGAGCAGCCCCGUCCUCAACGGCCAGUAUGCCAUGAGCCAGAAGCUGCACCACAUCACCUCGCAGCUCAGCCAUGCCUUCCCCGAGCUGCACCCGCGGCCCGGCCCCGAGGACAAGCCCGCGGCGCCCCUCGACGACCCGGCGCACGGGCCCCUGAGCGGCCAGCCCCUGGGCAGCCAGAUGGCGCUGCUGGCCAGCCAGCUGGGCCGGGACGUCGACACCAGCCUCAACGGGCGCGUGGACCUGCAGCAGUUCCUCAACGGGCAGAACCUGGGCAUCAUGUCGCAGAUGAGCGACAUCGAGGACGACGCGCGCAAGAACCGCAAGUACCCCUGCCCGCUGUGCGGCAAGCGCUUCCGCUUCAACAGCAUCCUGUCCCUGCACAUGCGCACGCACACGGGCGAGAAGCCCUUCAAGUGCCCCUACUGCGACCACCGGGCGGCGCAGAAGGGCAACCUCAAGAUCCACCUGCGGACCCACAAGCUGGGCAACCUGGGCAAGGGGCGCGGGCGCGUGCGCGAGGAGAACCGCCUGCUGCACGAGCUGGAGGAGCGCGCCAUCCUGCGCGACAAGCAGCUGCGCAGCAGCCUGCUGCCCCCGCGGCCGGACCUGAAGCCGCCGCCGCACGCGCAUGCGCACGCGCACGCGCAUGCGCCGCCCGCGCCGCCCGCCGCCAGCCACCUGGCGCCGCCCGCGCCGCCCGGAGGAGGCGCGCCCGACGCCGCGCGCCCGGCGCCCUCGCCGAAGCCCGCGGGCGCGCAGGACGAGGCGGCGGCGCCGGCCGCCGGCUUCCGCUGCACCUUCUGCAAGGGCAAGUUCAAGAAGCGCGAGGAGCUGGAGCGCCACAUCCGCAUCCUGCACAAGCCCUACAAGUGCACCCUGUGCGACUUCGCGGCCUCGCAGGAGGAGGAGCUCAUCAGCCACGUGGAGAAGGCGCACAUCACGGCCGAGUCGGCGCAGGGCCAGGGCCCGAGCGGCGGCGGCGAGCAGGCGGCCAGCGAGUUCCGCUGCGAGGUGUGCGGCCAGGUGUUCAGCCAGGCCUGGUUCCUCAAGGGCCACAUGCGCAAGCACAAGGACUCGUUCGAGCACUGCUGCCAGGUGUGCGGCCGGCGCUUCAAGGAGCCCUGGUUCCUCAAGAACCACAUGAAGGUGCACCUCAACAAGCUGGCGGCCAAGAGCAAGGCCCCCGGCGACCCCGACGGGCCCGCGCCGCUGGGCGCCAUGGCGCAGGAGGCGCACGCCAACCUGUACUCCCGCUACCUGUCCUGCCUGCAGGGCGGCUUCGUGGCCCCAGACAAGGCCGGCCUGGGCGAGCCCGGCCAGCUCUACGGCAAGGGGGAGCUGCCCCUGAAGGAGAAGGAGGUCCUGGGGAAGCUGCUGUCGCCCCUCUCCGGCGUGGCCCACGGUGGCGUCCCCGAGGGUGACAAGCACUCCCUCCUGGGCUGCCUCAACUUGGUGCCGCCGCUGAAGUCCAGCUGCAUCGAGCGGCUGCAGGCUGCGGCCAAGGCGGCCGAGAUGGACCCGGCCAGCAGCUACCCAGCCUGGCAGCUCAUGGCCAGGGGCAUGGCGGUGGAGCACGGCUUCCUGUCUAAAGAGCACCCUCUGCCCCGCGGCCAGGAGGACCUGCUGGCGCACACGGGAGUCGUGUUCGAUAAGGAGAAGCGCGAGUACGUGCUAGUGGGAGCAGAUGGCUUGAAGCAGAAAAUGCCUGCGGAUCUGCUCUCCAGCGCCAAAGUGGGCAGUCAGAGAGACCUGCCGGCCAAGCUCGAGCCGGUGGACGGCAGUCGGGAGUUCCUGUCCCACGGGCUCAGCCAGGCGCUGGACUACAACCUGCAGGGCCCAGGGAGCGGCAAGGACAAGCCCACGGAGUGCCCCGACUGCGGCCGGGUGUUCCGCACCUACCACCAGGUGGUGGUGCACUCCCGCGUGCACAAGCGGGACCGCAGGGCGGAGGAGGACGGGCUGCACGCCGGCUUGGAGGAGCGGCGCGGCUCGGGCAGUGACCAGGAGUCCCAGUCCGUGAGCCGCUCGACCACGCCCGGCUCCUCCAACGUCACCGAGGAGAGUGGGGUCGGCGGUGGCCUGUCCCAGACCGGGAGCGCCCAGGAGGACAGCCCGCACCCCUCCUCGCCAUCCUCCUCAGACAUCGGCGAGGAGGCGGGGAGAGCAGCCGGCGGCCAGCAGCCCGCGCUGCUGCGGGACCGGAGCCUGGGCGCGGCCAUGAAGGACUGCCCGUACUGUGGGAAGACCUUCCGGACGUCCCAUCACCUGAAGGUGCACCUGAGAAUACACACAGGUGAGAAACCCUACAAGUGUCCCCACUGCGACUACGCCGGCACCCAGUCCGCGUCCUUGAAGUACCACCUGGAGCGGCACCACCGAGAGCGGCCGAACGGAGCGGGGCCCCUGCCGGGCCAGCCCUCCAGCCAGGACCCCAGGGACGAGCUGCCCGGCAAAGCUGCUCUGUUCAUCAGGCCCGACAUCCUGAGGGGCGCCUUCAAGGGGCUCCCCGGAAUGGACUUCAGGGGUGCGCCUGCCUCCCAGCCGUGGACGGCCGGGGUGCUCUCCUCGGCGGACCACCCCAGCCAGGCCGCCGGCAUGUCCUCGGAGGCUCCUUCAGACACCCUGAAACGCGCCGACCUCCCCUCCAAAAGCACCCACUUCUCCGAGAUCGGCAGAGCCUAUCAGAGCUUUGUGAGCAACGGCGUGAAUUUCCAGGGGUCCCUGCAGGCGUUCAUGGACAGCUUCGUGCUCAGCUCCCUGAAGAAGGACAAGGGCCUGAAGGACAAGGCCCUGGGUGACCCGCCCUCCGCGAAAGCCCCCGGGGCGGACGGCGGCGAGGACAAGGGCGGCGGGAAGGCGGCCCCCAGGAAGUCGGAGAAGUCUCAGUACGAGCCCCUGGACCUGUCGGUGCGGCCGGACACCGCCUCGCUCCCGGGCGCCCAGGUGACGGUGCAGGACAGCAUCACCUGGCACGGCUGCCUCUUCUGCGCUUUCACGACGUCCUCCGUGGAGCUCAUGGCCCUGCACCUGCAGGCCAACCACCUGGGCAAGGCGAGACGCAAAGACCGUGCGGCGGGGCCGGCCGUCCACUGCAAAGAGCAAGCCCGGGAGGCCGGCAAGGUGGCCCUGCUGCCCUUGGUGCCACCGAGCAAGGAGGGGGCUCUGGCCAGCGUGGUGGGGCCCCUGGACUCUGCCCCGGAGAAGAUGGCCCCAGGCCAGGUCAAGGAGGCUCUGGGGGAGAAGAGCGGCCCGUGGCCCGGCCACGUGGACCCCGUGUUCUGUAACUUCCCCUCAGACUUCUACAAGCAGUUCGGGGUCUACCAGGGCGCGGCGGGCUCUGGGGCCCCCGGCUCCUGCUCCAACAAGGGCUCCAACGGCAAGGCCCACUCGGAAGACGACGCCCCGAUCGUGAUCCCCGACACCGCAGACAGGAACGCGGCUGAGGACCUGUCUGACAUCGCCUCCUCGGAGGACAUGGACUCCACCAAGGGGGACAACGAUGACGACGAGGAGAUCGAGACGGAGCCCGAGGCGCCACGGAAGCCGCCGUCGGCCAUCAGCAAGGACGGCGGCGGCGAUGGUGGGGACAGCCUGCUGCCCACGGGGACCUCGCAGCCCGUCCAGGGACUGGCGUCUCCCCUGCCCCAGGCGUCCGAGAAGCCAUGGCACAGCCCGGGCCUCCUUGCCGCCCAGGACGCCUCGGCGGGCCUGCCCAGGCCGGAGCGGGGGCCCCCGGGCCUGGAGAAGCCGAUGAACAUGCUGUCGGUCCUCAGGGCCUACAGCUCCGACAGCCCCGCCUUUAACGGACUUGCCGGCAGCACAGCGAGUCCAGGAUGUGUCAAGAGGCCAGACCUGUGUGGUAAGUGACCCCCGUUCUAGUCGGUCUAGCUGGACUUCCCUUGUGUGUCCGUGACUCCAUCGCGCUCCCUGCAGCCUGUCCCGCGUGUAAAGUCAAGAGAAGACUGUGUGCACAUGUGUUGACUCAGUAACCCCCGUUGGCAUGGGCAC